UGAGGCCAUGACAGUAAGAGCUGAGCGGAGCCGCGCAGGAUAAAGCCCCACAGGGAGGAAAUUAGCAGUUCGCCCGUAUUUCUGCCCCUAAACCCGCCACCCAAUAAAGGGUCCCAAUGACGCGUCGGGUCCUAGAGCGCCCCUGUACUCUGGCCAUGCUUAUUGGCUUCCAGUUUGCCUUCAUGGUCUACUUCUCCUUCGGUGGCCUCCGCAGCCUGAGCUUUAUCUUCGGCCGCUUCGCUGAGCCCAGUUUCGAUUACAGCCGCACCCAGGAUGUCUACAGCAACCUCUCCCUGGUCAAUUCCAUGGGGGGGCCCCGCUUCGAGGAUGACAUCCUGCUGCCUAGGUGCCCGGAGAGGUCCCCUUAUUUGGUGGGCCCCAUUUCCGUCACCUUUACCCAAAACCCCACCCUCAAAAAAGUUCAAGAUAAGAACCCCCUGGUGACGAGAGGCGGGGAGUACAAGCCCCCAAACUGCGAGGCCCGGCACCGUACGGCCAUCAUCAUCCCUCACCGGAACAGAGAGACCCACCUGCGGCACCUACUCUAUUACCUGCACCCCUUCCUGCAGCGCCAGCAGCUCCACUACCGCAUCUACAUCAUCAACCAGGCAGGUAACGCCACAUUUAACCGGGCCAAGCUGCUGAAUGUGGGGGUGAAGGAAGCCCUGCGGGACGAGGAGUGGGACUGCCUGUUCCUACACGAUGUAGAUCUGAUACCCGAGAAUGACUACAACCUGUAUGUGUGCGACCCCUGGAACCCCAAACAUGCCUCGGUAGCCAUGAACAAAUUCAGCUACAGCCUGCCAUACCCUCAGUAUUUUGGGGGAGUCUCUGCCCUGACCCCAGACCAGUAUAUGAAGAUGAAUGGAUUCCCUAAUGAGUACUGGGGAUGGGGAGGAGAAGACGAUGAUAUUGCCACCAGGGUUCGGCUGGCCGGCAUGAAAAUCACCCGCCCGUCGGUCUCUGUGGGGCACUAUAAGAUGGUCAAGCACAAGGUCGACCAGGGCAACGAGGAGAACCCGCACAGGUUCGACCUCCUCAUCAGGACCCAGAGAAUGUGGAAGGCGGACGGCAUGAACUCGCUGACCUACACGCUGCUCGAGAGAGCGCUGGAACCCCUCUACACCAACGUGACGGUAGAUGUGGGGGAGGACCCCCGGGCAAAGAAACCCCUCCGAAACCGGGGUCCGACCCCUCCAGCAAUCAGGCGCUACGUCAACGUGACCAGCAACCCCCCUAUCGACAGCCAAAUCAAGAAGCCCAACGAUAAUCCCACCAACGACUCUGCUAUCAAUGGGGCAGAACUAUUUGCAGAAGGAAUUAAGGGCCCCGCUGUGGCCCCGGCUCCGGUGGUUGCCGAGAAAGUGCCCCUGCCCGGGGCAAAUGACCCAGACAGAGCAAUAGGGCAGGAGCAGCAGAUACGAGAGGUUCGGAGCGCGCAGGAUGAGAAAGGGAAAGAAGCAAAGGCCGAGGUACAAAAAGUGCAAGCUCAGGGGGCACAGAGCAGUCCUCCCGUCUAAAGGAACUGGGCGGGGCCUCUCUCAAAGCUUCUGAUUGGUUGCUGCUGCUCGGAGACGAUUAGGGCGGGAGUCGGAUGCUUCUACCUGCGUGCUGUCUUUUAUUUUUGUGUUAUAUUUGCAGCAGUGAGAGCUGAAUGUGGGAGAUUAUGGGAUGUCGUUGUUGCCCUGGAGAUUAUGGGAUGUCGUUGUUGUUGCCGCCAGCGCCAUUCCUUAGCCAGGAGCUCGGGUAUAAUGGCCGACCCCAUUCCUACAGCAGGGGAAUGUGUGCCUCUGGGGGUGCCUUCUCCCAAAAACUGAUCCCCCCCACCCAGAGACUGCUAAUGGGGCCAGCGGGCCCCCUGGAUAUAUAUGAAGGAUAUUGCCGCCAAUGUAAUGCCCUUAGCUGCUGGGGGAUCCCAAAAUGGCCGACCAAUUGGGGAUCCCCAAGGCAACAAUAAUCCUAUAAAAUCAUUUUAGGCCUCAGGAGAAGCUGUAGGCGGGGGUGGGAGGAGCUUCCCUUUCCCCAAACCAAUGUCACUACUGUGCUGUUUCAUAAAUAACCGGUGCCUCGGGGGUGGGAUUGAGGAGGGGGGGUACAGGAGCCACUGUGAAUAUAGAAGCUACGCUGCCUUGUCCCUCAGCACUGCCUCACCAAAUCCAGUACAGGCGGCAGCGGCUGCCCUACAGCCGGAGAUAGCAAGGUUGUACAUAGAAACGAUGGCUAUAUUUUUUAAAGGGUAACUUAACGUUCGGUGCUGUGCACUGACCACUAUAGUAGAAUCAUUCCCCCCCCCUCCCCGAUUCUGAUUCCCAGAGGGAAUGAUGGGAAAAAAAAUCGAAUCUUCUGUCCCACGCCGAACACGUUGGUGUCGUUCUUGCAGGAAACGAGUACGAAUGCGUCAGUAUUUAUUCGCCGGAAUAAAAAAAAAAGUGUUUUCAAUCCGGACCCCUUCAGGGCGGCCCCCCGGCUGGACCCUCUCUGUAGGGGGACGGGGGCCACGAUGUAUUCACUUGACUGAUGUCCAACCAGGAAUCUGCCUCUGAUCUUAUUUAACAGGUUUUAUGGGUAAUUUAUUGAGAGAAAUAUAUAUAUAUAUUGUAUAUAGCGCCACGCACUGACCCUUCUCAGUGGCAUUUCACGAUGAACUGUGGUUGAAGUGAUUUCAUUUAAAUUAAAGUCAAUAAAAUGCUUUUUUUUUUUUUUUUAAUUAA